CCUCUUAAUCUUCUGUGAGCGCGGCAACGACAGCAGUCAGACCAGCGCACGCCACUGCUCAGGCAAGCCGCUACUCGGACAUUCCACACCGCGCCGCGCCCUGCCACCCGCACCAUGGCGGCUCUCCUCAGGCCGCUGCUGUUGACCCUCGUCCUGCUCGGCAUUGCCAGCCGGCCGGGCACGGACGCCUUCUCGCUGCUGGACUUGUUCGGCGACACAACCGGAUCACCCACACCUAUGGAGCAAACCCCCUUCCCUCCCCCUGACAGCACCCACCAGCACAAACACAAUCAUGCCCACCACCGCCACGGCCACCAGACCACAAAGAACCAUCACGCCCAGCACAACCACAACCCACCGGGUAAAGAUGAUAAUAACCAGACAAAUCACGACCACCACAUUCACCACAAACACCACCACGGCCAAAAGCACGGCCAGCACCACGCUCAGUCGCACGGCCAGCCCCACGGUCAGCCCCAAGCUCAGCCCCACGACCAGCCCCCUGAAGCCAGACACGAGUCGCCCAUAGUGCCUCACCGCAACCUGGGCUUCAAAUUCGAUGAGCCGCUGAGCCUGGACGAGCGGCGGCAGCAGAACGAGUGGUCAGGCACUAACAAGCAGCUCCCCAAACACCACCACGACCACCAUGACCACGGCCACGGUAACUUCAACCCCUAUUACAACCAGAUCAGUCCCUACCCUAUGAGUCCCUACCACCACAUUAGCCCCUACCAGCAUAUGAGCCCUUACUACGACCACAGUAGGCCCCACCACAGCCUCCACCACAGGCACGGCAGUCACAAACACCACAGCCGCACCAGCCCUAAACACCCCGGUCACAGGCACCCCUUCAUGAACCACCACCACCCCCACGACCACGCUUACGAACACGCCAUGCACAACAACCACCACCCCUACCACGACUUCCCUCACGACUCCCACCACCAAUACAGCCACGAGGUCUCCCCAUACUUGUCUUACAUCUUCGGCCACCCUCCUCCCCCUCCUCCCCCUCCUCCCCCUCCUCCUCCAUCUCCUCCUCCACCCGCCCUGCCGCCAACAAAGACAAGACGCAUGCCAUCACCUCUGACCAAGCUGCUUCCUCCUCCGCCGCCGCCACCGCCCGCCAAAUGCCCCAUGCUGUACUCUAGGGUCGGCCACCGCUGUGUCGCCAUCUUCAGCGUCGCUCGAAUGACUUGGAAGGACGCCCAGCAUUUCUGUGACGGGAUCUUCGGGGACCUCAUCACCUUCACGAACUACGACUUCAGGCACAUGGUGGACUUCCUCAAGGAGAAGGGCCUGACCUCUCCUCUGUGGGUUGGAGGCCGCGCCACGCCCAUGGGCUGGCUGUGGGUGAAGCAGCUGAGGCACAUGACGAUGGGCACGCCUUUCUGGGCCGUGAGAUCCAACCCCAACUCCAGCUCUGAAACCAUCCAAGCUCCCACUGCCAACCUUAAGGAGUACGAUCAGUGGUGUGCAGCGAUGGACCCCGAGGACUUCUACUACCUAAGUGACGCCAAGUGUGAGGAGAAGCGAGUGCCUGUGUGCGAGCUGCGGCGAGGUGUCGAAGUGGUGGUGGCGCGCGAAGGGACAGACUACUACUACCCAGCGCUGGAGGGCGAGGCGUGGGUGAAGAUGAUGGACUGUGGGGGCGAGGAGACCAAGGAGGAGGAGAUGGAAGAAGCUAAGGAGGAGGAGGACAGCAGUAGUAGUAGUAAUGAGAGUAGUAGUGAGAGCAGCGAGGAUGAGGAGGAGGGGGAGGAGGGAGAGGAGGAGGAGGAAGAGGAAGGCGAGGAAGGGAAGAAGGAAGAGGAAGAGGAGGAAGGGAAGAAAGAGGAAGAAGAGGAUGAAGGGAUAAAGAAGGAGGAUGAAGGGAAGGAGGAGGAUGAAGAUGGGAAGAAGAAGGAAGAUGAGGGGGAGGAGGAGGAGGAUAAAAGUGAGGAAGAAGACGAAGAAAUAAAGGAAGAUGAGGAAAAAGAGGAAAAGGAGGAAGAGAAAAAGCCGGAAGACAAGAAGGAUGAGGAGGAAAAGAUAGCGAAGAGCUCCACUACCAUCACCACCACCACCACCACCACCACCACCACUACUAAUGCACCACCAGCCGAGGAACACCAUGGGGACACAGAGGCAGGAUCAGGCUGGGGAGAAGGUAGUGGUGUGGAUGACGAGGACUCAGACACGGAAGGUUCAGGUUUCGGUUCCGGUUUAGACAAUGACUUCUUAUCUGAGAACCGCGAUAUUUUGUUUGAUCUGUUCAUCGAGUGAGUUACUGAAUGAAUGAAUGACUGACUUACGAGUGAGUAAGUAAAGUAUUGUCUUUUUUUUUUUUUUUUAAACUUCCUGCCUUCUCGUUUGCUUCCCGCCCAGUCUUCAACUAGUUUUAGUAAUUAGGGUUAAGCAGGCAUGACUUUUCGGUAAAUUUUCGUUGCCAGUCACGAUGACAACUAAAAACACACACACACACACACUCUUAACCCAAUAUAUGCAUAACACUUUUUUUUACUUCAUUUCAUUUAACUUUAGACAACUUUACGAAAGAAAAAAAACGCAUCAGCAAGCAUUACAGGUCUGAACUACAACAUUACAACUCAUGCCAGACUCGAGAAUCCACAACAGUCAGUUACGUAGUAUAAGUUAGUUUAGUAAGUCACGGGGGGUGCUCGCGUAUCGCUCCUCCUAGACAUGGCUGCCUAGAUUCACAGUACAGACGUGGAAGGUAUACACAUAAAGGUAUUGUUUACAUAUGAAUUCCACACAGUGCCAUUAUUUCGUUAAAAGUGAUGGCAGAUUCAUUCAGCUUUGCGUAUUUCUUUAAUGGUCUUUUUUCUUAUAUAUAUAUAUUUUUUUUUCCCCUCCUAAUCCUUCCUCUCCUCCUCCUCCUCCUCCUCCUCCUUUUCCUUCUCUUCCCCUCCUCCUCCUCAUUCUCCCCCUUCUCAUUUUUCUCUUCUCCUCCUCAUCCUUUUCCUUCUCUCCUCUUCCUCCACAUCCUUUUCCUUCUCUUCCUCCUCCUCCUUCUCCCCCUUCUCACUUUUCUCUUUUUCCUCUUCAUUCUCCUCCUCCUCUUCCUCGUUCUUUUUACAGACACCACACCAAGAAGCACUUCAAAGUACCCUAAGCUAACCUAGAGUAACCUAACCCAACAUUAAAUAACCUAAGGUAACUUCACACAUAUAUAUGAUGAAAAUAGGAAAAAUAAGAAAUACCAAAGCCAAAAACGACAUCGGCUCCUAGAUGUUAAACGCAAUAUACUUAAAAGAAAAAGCUCCCGUCCGUCUGUACACGAAGCAAUUGUGUUACUGUUAAGCUUUCCACUUUAUUUGUACCUUUAGAAAUAUAUGAUUAGUAAAAUA